CCUCCUCCCUCCUCCUGCUCCUGCUCCGGCAGAGACAGGCAAAAGGCGGAGGAGGAGUAACGGACCUCACAGUCAACAGAACACCGGGUGUGCGGCAGCUCGUGGGUCGCUACACCGGCACUGAUCCCGCGCGGGGAGGAAGACGCCUCGCUGACGGCUAUUUUCCAUUGACCAGUAAAGGGUCGGCGGAAGGAGGAACAGUAGGAAAAGGCGAGCAGAGGCGGACUUAAUAAUUGCAUUUCUGGCUGCCCCGUGGGAACAUGGGAUAUAUGACCUCAUCAUUCACCUGUGCGCCUCUCCAGUAAACAACCCCAAAUAGAAGGAUGAGUGAAGUAGCCCCGGCGAGUCCAGAUGUCCUCCCGAAACUCUGCGACGUGAUGCCGUGUGACGCCGCCGGCCGCCCCUCCCCUCCGCCGUGCACGCCGCCAUGCGAGCAGAAGGAAGACGAGGGCAAGAAAAAGCCCGAGCAGCAGGUGAGCCGCCAAACACAGAUACUGCAGCGCGCCACAAUAAAAUUGCGCAUCCCGGCGAGCUCCCGUCAUCAAAAUAAAUUGUGUCUUCACGCGCAGAAACAGUGUAACCAGGUGCAACCAAAGAAAAGAGUAAAGGCCAAAGGAAAGUUGGUGCGCAGCAUGGCGGUGUGCGAGGAGUCCUCCACAUGCGAAGAAACCCAGGCAUUUCCAGAUGCAAACAUCUCAUUUAGCUGCCACGAGGACGAGAGGAGCUCCUGCAGGGAGGGGGAGCAAGAGAAGAGCACAGAUCCAAAGAAACCUUCAUCAUCAUUGUCCAAAGAGCCCAGCGUGGAAUACACAGACUCCACCGGCAUCGACCUGCACCAGUUCAUUGUCGACACCCUCAACAGCAACCCCAGAGACCGCAUGAUGCUGCUCAAACUGGAGCAGGACAUGAUCGACUUCAUCACCAGCAAUAGCUCCUUUAAGAAGUUCCCCCACAUGUCCUCCUACCACCGCAUGCUGGUCCAUCGGGUGGCGGCCUACUUCGGCAUGGAGCACAACGUGGACCAGACGGGCAAGUCGGUCAUCAUCAACAGGACGAGCAGCACACGCAUACCCGAGCAGCGUUUCUUGGAGGAGGUGCACAAAGACAAGGCGGAGGAGAUCCAGCAGUGGAAAACCAUUUUGAAGCGAGACAACAGCUCGGACGACCAGAGCCGGCUCCACCCCUUACGGGAGAAGCAGGGCAAGUCGAUGGAGGAGAGGGAGGAGGAGUACCAAAGAGCACGAGAGCGAAUCUUCAGGAAGGAGCCGUCCUGCACCCAGGAGAGCGCCCACGCAGAAACCAGGGACGUGGAGGACUACAAUCCAUAUGCUGAGACCCAGAGGAGACGGCAGCUCUUCAGGGGGAGCCGAGACAGCUCGGGCUCCAGCUGGACGGGCAGCAGCAGGCAGAGCAGCACGGAGACCGACUGUCGCUACGGCAACGACCCCCGACCCUGGAGCAGCACCGACUCGGAUUCCUCGCACCAGUGGACGAACCCGGCCCCGAAAGCCCGCCCGCCCGCCAACUGCCACAGCUGGGACGCACGAGGUUCAGGCUCCAUCUCUCUGUUCAGGCUGCCGCCCCACCCGUCGCCGCCCCCCAUCCUGGAGGAGCCGGCCCCCGGCUCGGCCUACAUCGCGGAGAACGGCAUCCCGCCGGGGAGCAUAUUAGUGAACCCGCACACCGGGCAGCCCUUCCUCAACCCCGACGGGACCCCCGCUGUGUACAACCCCCCAGACAGCCAGCAGCCAAUCAGGAGCCAGAGUCAGCCGCAGCCGCAGCAGCAGGUGGUUCAGUACUCGUCUGUCUCUUACACAGCUCCACAGAUGUUGCCUGUCACUCCCUCACAGCCAUACUCAACAAUGGAAGAUCUCUCCUCUCAGUUCGCUCAUGUGACGGUGAGCUGUCAGUCGGCGGGCGAGGCCCCGCCCCUCUACCCUCCCAGCCAGGGUUACUUCUAUGCAGCUCCUCCUCUCCCCCCUCCCCCACCCAACCCCUCCAGCUACUGCCAGCCCUCACCUCAGGUGCCUGUGUUCUACUACGGCCAGUUCGCUACCUCAGCUCAGCAAGGAUGCCGGCCCGUCUCGCCCUCGCAGCACGCCCAGAGCCAGGCGCCGCAACCCACAGGAGGCUUCGCCGCUGCGCUGAGGCUGCAGCAGUCUUCCCACCCCCAGCCCCAGGCUGUGCUGGGCACCUACUCACCAGCGGCCUCCCAUCAGUGUAGCGUGGUUCAGGGUGGCGUUCCAGUGUCCUUCCCCCAGAGUAAAGUCGUGCCCGGGGCGGGCGGGGAGGCAGGGUACUGCUGCAUGGUGCCCCCGCCCUCCCACCACGGCAGCUGCCUCCCUCCCAGCUGCGCCGGCCUGGGCGCGCCGGCCUGGAGCGCGCAGUACUGACGGAGCGACGGCGGCGCCACCGUAGUGUCCUGUGUGAACUGACGUGCACACGCACGCACAUACUAGACACCAACACCUUUUUUUUUUUCUUCUUCUUCUUCUUCUUUCCACCCUCGCCUUCCCCCGGAGAAGCCCCCGGGGCACGCUGUUCACACACACACAGACAAAUGUACCAAAGCUUAAUAGUAUAUAUCAGAGCUGCUGUAUCGAAUGCAUAAUUUAUAUACACAAAUGGAGUUUUAUAUUGAUAUUAAAUUAUAUAUUGUGUUUUAAGGAAAUGCACUGUGUGAAGAGAAUAAAGUGCUGUGGCUGGACUGACUAGGUCACAUUUCUAUAUCAUCCCGACUCUCUUGUUUCCUCCGCUCUGGAUGAUGAAG